CAGACAAAUACACGAAAGACGUCACAGUACCUACUACUUCAGAUGCAAGGGAUAAGCGACUAAUGAUCAUGGCUGCAUUUGAAGAUUUUUGUAGGAUUACACUCCUUUUUCUAGUCGUUAUUUCUGCAAGUGAUGCCUUCCGUCUUCGAGCUAGAUUUCCUCGACCGCAAGGGAAGGAUUUUGGACUUCACGCGAAGAGACAUUUGUGUCCGUUUUGCAUCUACGAGACUAAAACGUUUAGCCAGAAGGUAAAAGAUCUUCAGCUUUAUAACUGUUUUACAGUUGGUUAAAUUUCGGUACACAGGUCUUAAAAUUCAACCGUAAUUGGCCUCGUAAUAUUCUUGCCAAAUAUUGCAGAUCAUCGGCAUUUAUGAAAUUUAUCAUUCAUCACUUCGUAUGAUUCUUUAAUCGAAGGUCAAUUUGAUUUAGUUUUUUUUAUUUUUUAUUUGUAACAUCAAUCUGAUUUACCGUGAAUUUUCGUGAAUUCGAGGGCUAAUUUUCAGAUUAACACCUAAUGUCAAGAAAAGUUAUUGUUUGACAAGCAGGUCACGUUUAUAUCACGUCCCAUCUCUAAAGCAUGAAAACAAGCUGCCGUUCGAGACCGGACUCCAGAGAAGAGAAUUUUCCCCGUAUUUUCCCGAGUUUAAUUCGUCGUCUCCUAGCUUACCCAACUUUUGUCACGCUUUUCAAAAUUUGGAUUUGUCACGUAUAAGUGGUGCGUGACGUUCAAUGUCUUAAAAAUAACACAAUCAAAUCCUUGCCGGGCGCGAAGGAAACUUAGUGAUGAUCUUAACAUAGAAACAGUUUUACCUUUAUCAACAUCAACGAUUUCCCUUUUUUUUUAUUUUACAGCUGGAUCAUUUUGGCUUCAGUGACAAUCGCACUUUUCCACAGCGUUACCUUGUGGCCAGAAAGAACUGGGUAGAAGGAGGACCAAUUCUCUUUUAUACCGGAAAUGAAGGAGACAUCACCUGGUUUGCGAACAACACGGUGAGUAUUGGUUACUGACCUUCUUACAGUUUAAUGUUAAAAUCAUCAAAACCAUCAAUAUUACCAACUAAGUUGAUCUUAAAGAUUAGGCCUUGAACUCUUAAUCAGCGAGAAAAGGAUCAUGUUUGUAAACGUACCCCUAUUACCCAGGAAACGAGAAAGUCAGAUGUAGUACAAAAAUUAGACAAGCAUGCUAGCCACACAUUUUUCGCGAGCGCUUUCUGUCAAUAUGCGUGUAGAAGUGGACGAGAGGAAAUUGGGGCGAACAAAGGAUUAGUUGACGGCCUCUCCCCUUGAGCCCUCUUCUUUUUUAUCACUCUAAGUGGCUCCUUUCCAAUACUGAGAUUUUUACUGAGUCCGGAGCGCGAGUCACGCGUGUUCUGCUCGUUAGUCUGAAACUGAAAAAUUCGUUGUCUCCAUUCUUUGUAACGUAAACUUUAUGACAAAGUAACUGUUGUGAUCAUCAUCAAAGAAAGGCCGCAUUUAACCCUUCACACCCUAACAUCAGUAUACUUAUUUCUCUACACUUUUUUCCAUACAUUUGCUAUGGAACUGACAAAGAGAAUUUGUUUAAUAAUCAAGAGCGUCUUUAGUUGGUGAUCAUUUCCUUUAUUCUCAUGACCUCAAUGUUUGUUUUAGGGCGAUGCCGAUAGGAGAAAAUAGUUACUAAUUACUCUUAGGGGUUUAAGGGUUAAUCAUAACGUAAUUUGAAGGUUAUUGUUCAUGUGAGCUAAGAGUGCAACACUUGUCUUGUACCCAGGGAUUCAUGUGGGAUAUCGCAGGGGAAUUCAAAGCCAUGCUGGUUUUUGCAGAGCAUAGGUACUACGGCAAGUCGUUACCAUUUGGAAAGCUGUCUUACAAGGUGUGUUUAAUUAAGUGGCGAAAGUUAUGAAUGAUUUAAAUGGUCUGCCCUGCUGUGCCUUGUGAUUAGUCUAGAAAUCUUGCGCUUCCUCCUCAACCAAUCACAUGCAAACUAAAGGUAGCUUGAUAGCGUGCGCGCGCUUUCCCUUGCUUAAGGGUGUUAGAUGUGUUUAUGUUGGGUUUUUAUUGGCUACCCCUUCCCUUUGUUCUAACCAGUUCGUUAGGUUCCUUAAGGUCUUAUUCUACGUCACUCAAUCAACAAGGAGCGAUGUGUGUUGUUUUACGUUACUCAUUUUGAUGAUACAUAUGAGAGGAAGAAUUAUUUUUCCCCUUCGACUGUCGUUGACUGUGAGUUGGAACAGGCAAAUACGAGAGGGGUCUUUUGAUCUGCGAAUUUAUGAACACCUCGAGAGGAAGUUUUUUAGGGACUUAGUGCCUCCAAACUGUUCUUUUCGGUUGAGUCUAGCUCAUAGGUCCUACUAACAAUGAAUUGUUCUUAUUUAGGGACCGAAGUAUUUAGGAUAUUUAACUUCAGAGCAAGCUUUGGCUGACUUUGCAGUACUUAUUCAUCACAUAAAGGCAAGAUAAUAUGGGUUUGCCUAGUUGGUUAUUGAUAAAUAAUUCUCAUUUAAUUGCAAUGAUCUCUUAAACAUGUUAGGUGACUAAUAUUUUCUGAAACAUUUUAUGCAGAGAUGUACAAGCAGGAUUCUCUGGUAGAGUAAGGAAGGGAGGGGGGAAGGGGGGAGAAGGGAAAUUUUCAUUCAUGUCAUACUGAAAUUCGGGAGCAUGCCAAGUGAUUUAAUCAUAAUGUAUUAUCCAUUUUAUUACUAAGAGGAGAGGGUGGGGUCACAGAUACCGUAGAACCCCCUUCCCCAAAAGUUAUCCCCCUUAAUGGUUUGUCGAAUGAUGCUUCUGAAAUAGUUCCUAACGCUUUGGCAAAAGCAACUCCUCAAUAAAUCCUCGUGUUUUUUUUAGAACACAGUACCAGGAGCAAGUGAAAGCCCAGUGGUCGCUAUUGGUGGAUCGUACGGCGGUAAGAAGCAAUAACCAGCACGUGCAUUUUAAAACUUUGUACAUUUCUUAGUCGUCCUUUGCAAAACAACAACGUGAAAUCACCAAACCGCGGCGCGCCGUAAGAGACAGUCAACAAAUGCAGCCAUUUUCGAAAUUAUAACUGAAAAGAAAUUUAAUUUUUUUAAACGACGUCUCACUUGGCGUUGCCGUGUUAACUGCUUGAGGUCCCUAAUGACUAGUCCCUUAGUUUGCAGGCGAUGCUGUGAAAUAAAGUGCACGACAUAUUUACCUGACUUUCGUUAGAUAUAUAUAUAUUUUUCUUUUGUAGGGAUGCUGGCCGCUUGGUUUCGAAUGAAGUAUCCAAAUAUUGUUAUAGGGUAAGUAAAUGGGACUGAUACGAGCGGUGAGAGGAAUGAGACGAGAACUUGGUGCUGAGAGCAAGUCAUUCAGAUUGCUGAAAAACUGACUACUGACUAAAGUAGGUUGCCUUGAAUUUUUUUUUUAACUCUUAAUUUUUCCUAACCCAGGGCCCUCGCAGCUUCGGCGCCAAUUCUACAAUUUACUGGAUUGACCCCUUGUGAGGUGAGACAUCAUCUGAGAUUUCUCGAUACCGAAAAAUCCGCCAUUCCACUUAUAGGUUCAUCAAACUAUCCCGCCUCAUUGCUCAUUAGCUCCUGUCUUACCCUCUUCUAAGAAUUUUUUCAAAUCAUAUUUAACCUGGUCAGAACAAGUAGGAAAAGAAAAAUGAUUUCACCAAUUUGUCAGUCGUAGAAAACCUUGAUCGUCAUGUUCAAGUGUAAUGUGAUCAAAGCGUGGUCUUAUUUUACAUUUUCAGUCUCAUUAUCAGAUUUUUGUAUUUGAAAGCCCUCUGAAGAUAAGUGGUCUCCUUCCUCCACCUCACCACCAACCACCCCCCCUCCGAAUGUUAGCCCAUCUACUGAUUCUUGCGAAAUUGUUUAAGUCCUGAGCCUCCUUUUGUAAUAUUGGUGUUAAAAAAACAUUGCAUUACUUUUUGAAAUUGCUAACAACUCUCUCCUUCAAAUUUCUUCUGAUAUAUAUUUUUAGAAGUUUUAUCAAAUUGUCACGGAAGAUUUCCAACGUGACGGAGGAGAACCAUGUGUAAAUUUGGUAAAGAAGUCAUGGGAUGUCGUAAAAAAUUACGGCAAAACAGGUACAAGAAAUAUCUUUUUUUCAUUUUGGACCCAACUAAACCUAAUCAAGCAAAGGCUUUGUGAUCUGUUGAAUUUUUUGGGUGAACUUUGCAUCGCUCUAAAUACUUCAAUUUACGUUUUUCUUUCUUGUAGAUAGCGGGCGGAAAAAAUUAUCCAGUAUAUUUAAAUUGUGUUCUCCUCUGAAAACCAAAGAUAACGUCACUCAGUUGGAAUAUUGGUUGAGCGAGACCUGGGUCAACCUAGCAAUGGGUAAGUGUUAUGUUAUUCAUUGUUGUCCUCGCUAAACGAAUUACGGCCCAAAUAUUUCUUGCUGACUGCUGCAUUCAUUUACAGUGGAUUAUCCGUACCCUGCCAGUUUCUUGGAACCUCUUCCCGCUUGGCCAAUUAAGGUAUGGCGCAUGUGCAUAAUUUGUUUACGACAUAAGCCUUAGUCUCGAAGUGUUCAUCUUCCACGUUCUCGUACCCAGAGUCCUCGUUCCUGUUGAUCACCUCGGUGAGUGAAAAGGAGUGGCUCAUGGGACUAGAAUUAGUUUAAAGACGCAGAGCUGAGCGGAAGUCACGUGAAAGGAAGCGAGAUUUCUUAAUUUUCUUCUCUCUUAACAAGAGAUUGUUCAUCAAAAGGUGGGAAAUAUUUCAAGCAAUUGUAAUUACGGUUUUUUAAUCUUUUCUUAAGGAAACCUGUAAAUAUCUUCAAGACGAGUCAUUAGACGAUGACAAACUUCUGGGAGCCAUAUCCAAAGCUGUUGGAGUGUACUACAACAGCUCAGGCCAUGCUAAAUGCUUUAACACCUCACAGCAAGCUGUAUCCUUCCUGGGAGAUGAUGGUUGGUAUUUUCAGGUUAGUUGCUGCUUGGUGCGCAGUCUUGCGUAAUUGAAAAUCAAGCUUCGAAAGUAAUUAAGGACCAUAAUUCUUUAUCGCCUGAGGGAGUGGAAGGGGGGGGGGGGUUUGCAUAUUUUUCAGGGGAAUAGAGGGAGGAUCAGUCGUUACCAACAGUUUUUAAGGAGGACUAGAAUAUUGAAUAAACGAGUGGUAAAUUUGUCACUGCAUACAUUUUGCUUCUUUUCAUUGGAAUUACUAUUGGCGCCUUAAUAUAUUUAUAUUUUUUCUGAUAGGCCGUUCUGAUCACUUUGCUUCAGGUUUUCAAAAAAAAAAAGGAAGAUACCAAUUUGAAAUCAACACUGUUCAUUUAUUGAGAUUUGCGGCAAAAGUCGUUGGAUCAAUGUUAGUAUCUGAGAAACUGCGCACCCACCCCUUCCCUUACCCAACAUCAACCCUAACUUGUUCUCAGUUGACAGUUGUUGGGUUAGGGGAGGGUUGUGUGCCCACUCGCUAAGAUACUAACAUUGUUCAAUUGAGUAGUUUGUUGUACUCUUAAUUAAAGAGGUCAGAGGUAAUCUUUGGAUUAGACUGCAGAAUCCCUGGACUUACUCACUGUUUUGUCACUCGCUCCUGGCCUUUCGUGAUAUUGCUGCGCGCGUUCGUACCAACAGCAAAAAAUAAGGACUGUUCGUCAAAGUGUCCUCUAAGUUAAGUUGACUGGAUGAUUUAUGUUUCGAUUUAGGCUUGUACCGAGAUGGUCAUGCCUCUCUGUUCAGACGGCGUCAAUGAUAUGUUUACCAAGUCAGAGGCAAGUAUACAACACUCUUGCAUAACUGAAAAUAGAUAUACCUUAGAAUAACAUCUCAUUAUUCCAACAAAAUGGUAAACGCAGCAAGAUGGUCUAAGUGAAGUCUCAGGCGAACGCUUUGGUUCCCAGUGUUCCCUGUCCAUAGUCAAAGGAUGGAUUCAGGAACAUUCGAUAGGGGGAGACACGGUAGCCUUACGGCUAAUGCGGUUCCUGGUUCGACCUUGGCGUGUUCUGGCGUGUUCUCGAUUAGAAACUCCCCCAAGAGUGUAAAUAUGGGUACAAGUGAACCUGAUGAAAUACUUAGUGGGGAGAAGGGGGCGGGAGAGGGGGGGGGGGGGGGGGAAAGGCGAGCGAGGAUGGAGUGAGAGGGGGAUGAUUUGCAAUGGACUGGUUAGCAUUCCGUCGUGGGAAAUAGCAAUACCCCAACUUCCCGGUUACUACACGCUAGAGAGACAGACCAGCACAAACUUAAUCUCCUAAUGAAGACUUAACUACAUUCCAAUAAUUGUGAUUUGUUUCUUAUCCAUCAGUGGGAUUUCAGUGCUUACGCCAAAGAUUGCCAGAAGUCACGUGGCGUGACACCGUUGGAGUACUGGGCCGAGAUUCAGUAUGGUGGCAAGAAACUAAAAGCUCACAGUAAUAUAGUGUUCAGGUAAGUUAAUGAUUAUCUUUUUCUUGAUAUGAAUUUUCAUAUUCUCGUCUAAGAUAUUGAAUGGUGCAUAAAACAAGAUCUUUUCUAAACGGAUCGGAGCUAAUCUCCACUUAGUAGGAGCCACUCAGUCAUUACAAUGUUAACGUAUGCGCAGACGUUUCACCUCUGUGUUGACAACCCCACCGUUAAGGCGCAAAACUCGCAAAGAGGGAACUCUUUUCAGUUUAUUUCUGCUAACGACAGAUACCUAAGAACUAAUCACAUAACGAAUUUUUGUUUUCAUUUUGUUCCAUCAUAGUAACGGUGCCCUUGAUCCCUGGGCUGCAGGCGGGGUUACCCGCAACAUAAGCGACAGCCUCAUUGCUGUGCUGAUUGAAGAUGGCGCCCAUCACUUGGACUUGAGACAUAAAAAUCCGCUGGACCCUCCGUCAGUCGUGCAGGCGCGAAAUUUGGAGAAAUAUUACAUCAGCAAAUGGAUUGCCGAAGUCGAGAAAAAGAAAAAGGAUAAAGCCAAGCUUAGAAUUUCUAAUAAGGGAAAGUUUAGGAGUAUAUCAAUUCGAUGA